UCGAGUUGUUGGGAGAAUGUUAUGUUGGAUCUUAUACAGGCCCAUGUAUGGUACUUAACCACUUCCUUACACGCCCCCUCAAACGAAAGCCGACUCAUGGGCUUGAAGUUUGCACAUGCCCGCCAUACCAUGUGCUUGAAAGACAACGGUUAAUAUUGGGGGUCGUGAGGACUUGAACACGUGACCUCAAGGACAAACCAGCUCUGAUACCAUGUCAUAAACCAGUUGGUCCCAAUAACUCGAGUUGUUGGGAGAAGGUUAUGUUGGAUCUUAUACAGGCCCAUGUAUGGUACUUAACCACUUCCUUACACGGUCGAACAUUGUUCGGAGAGGUGUGAACCGUGUUGAUUGUCGUUGUUCAAGAAGUCAAGGUGCAUUCAUUGUGUUCAAGGGGUGUCAAGUUGAUUACAUGGGCUUGGUGACAUGCUGGAAGGUAUCAAGCCGAUGAGACGGCUUGGUAACAACCAACAAGUUAAUGAGGAGGACUUGGUGUCAUGAGAUGGUAGCGGCCUACCAACUAGUCACCAAGGCAGCGACAAGUGGCCCCUAAGGCGGUUGGAGCAAAAGGCCAGCUAGCAGUUACUACGACGGUUACCAAGGCAGUUACACCCAGUGGCUAUAAAUAGGAGAAACGAAGACGAGAAAAGAGUUCCACAACCAACCAUUCGACACACUAUGUUCACACCUACUGCUAUGGAGGUUCAGUGAGAGCUCCGAAAAAACAUCAAACACCCCCGUUCGAACAUUGUUUGGAGAGGUGUGAACCGUGUUGAUUGUCGUUGUUCAAGAAGUCAAGGUGCAUUCAUUGUGUUCAAACACAAAUUUUUCCUCGCCGGAAAACAAAUUGGCACACCUGGUGGGACUCUGUGUGUUUGAUUUGAUAGCUCCACGACUGAGAGAACAAGAAGUUGAUUAUUCACCAGGAGUUGUGAAGGAGUUGGCGGCCAAGUUCAAAUUUGGCCAAGCAUCAGUAAGUGUUGUCGGAAACAAUGGCAUGAUUCAGAUAUUGCCACCGGCGGCACCUUGUGCCGAUGUAACCACCACUGCCAUGUCAUUGUCACUCCGCUCAAUAGUGGAUGAUAACUGCAAGAUGGUGGUGGAGAACCGUCAAGUGAUGGUGGAGAUUCGUUGAUUGAUGGAAGAGAGUUUGAAUGGACUUGUUAGAAGUUCACAACAGACAAGUCUAAAACUUGCUUCUUUUAGUUCUAUGUUAGAUAGACGUUUGGAUGAAUUGCUUGAAGCAACUACAGAAAAUACAAAUUGCUUGGAUAAGUUUAAAAAAAUAUUUUAUAGAACAAGUGGUGUGAGAAAUUUCUUUACCAAAAAAUGCUAUAGAUCCGCCACCAAGUAUUGCUACUUAGUAUACAAGUAUCCUGUUCUCCGGUGGCCGGACUACGCAGCCACGGUCAGGGAACUUACCGCCUCCGGAAAUGAGUCAACCACCUCUUCAACAAGGCGGUUAUGACAAGAAUAUUACUAACACAUUCACCACCCAUGUAAAGCAACCGCCGCCUGUGCAGACAGUUACUCUAAAAACUGUCUCAGAGGCUAGACCAUUCUUGAACAUGAGAGUUGGUGGAGGGUCACUAGCUAUGGAUGUGCUACCACAAGUUUGCCCAACCUCGUUGCCAUCGAUGCUUAAACGGUCUGGUGGAUGCAAACCACCAAGGGGGCAGGAAGAGGUGCAUGGAAGGCUACCACCUGACAAGUUGAAGAUGAAGAGUCAGGCUGGGGGGCAAGUUGAUGUCAAGAAAGGUGAACAAAAUGGUGUGUCCAACAGAACACCAUAUUUAUUUUCUAAGGAUGGCAUGGGGGGCAUAUCUCCAUCUCCAUGCAGUGGGCAGGGGGGCAUGUCAUCAGACAUGAAGGAUGGAGUGAGUGGCAAGUCUAAGUGGGUGUUUCCUACCCAUGCCACCUAUAAUUUUCAUAACUUUGACAACGUGUCAAAGAGUGCACAAGGAGGCAAGGCCCCCUUGUAGCAUGCCACCCAUGAAGGGUCAACAAGGGGGCAUAUCAUCAACCACAAACAAUAGAAAGAUACACAUGCCCAAGAAGCCACACAUGCUUGUAGUAAAAAUUGUAGUGUAUUUGAGUUUGGCAAAGGGGGCACGUCAAAAACCAUGAACAAGGCCAUGGGGGGCAUUUCUCCAACCAGUGGAAAGGGGGGCAUGUCACUGACAGUGAAGAAACGAGUGGAGAACAAGUCUAGGAGUGUUCAUCACACCCAACCCACUCAAAAAAUUUCUAAGUAUGAGAUGACAUUAAGGGAUGGACGAGGAAGCAAGUCCAUGCCUAAAGCCCCCCAUUGCAUGCCAAACAUGAAUGCCAAACAAGAAGGUAUGAAUAAGACAUCUCGACACAC